CUUUAUUCUAAUUGCAAUAAAAUAAUAUCAGUCCCAAUCAUUCACUUGCUCAUACAUCAGUGGAGGAAUAACACAACUUACAAAUAUGUUUUCUUUUUCCCCUUUUCCCUUAUUUUAUUUUAUCUCUUCCACUUGACGUACAUCUCCCCCAAGGCUUCUUCUCUUCCCCUCUCGAUCCAUUGAGACACCGAUAAACCGCAGAUGUCUCCGAAUCUCAACUCUUCCUCUGCCCUUAUCUCUGCUUCUGCUCAAAGAUUGUGUCUUUUCUCGCGGUGAAUGAUCGUAGGCUACUUUGUGAGGUAUGGAUUGUGCUGAUAUCUGGGGACAAACAUGGAGCAGUUCCUAGACGGAUUGAAGCAUUUGUGUGCGGCAGUUGCGAAUUGUUGUGAUGCUGAUUUGUAUAAGCAACUCAGAGGGCUGCAAGAUCCAGAGGCUCUUGCAAGAGAAACAGUUUUUAGCGUUAGCGAAAUAGAAGCACUUUAUGAGCUCUUUAAGAAGAUCAGUAGUGCGGUGAUAGAUGAUGGUUUGAUCAACAAGGAAGAAUUUCAGUUGGCCUUAUUUAAAACGAAUAAGAAAGAGAGCUUAUUUGCUGACCGGGUAUUUGAUUUGUUUGACUCGAAGCAUAAUGGUGUGCUUGGUUUUGAAGAGUUUGCGCAUGCCUUGUCAGUCUUUCACCCCAAUGCACCUAUUGAUGAUAAGAUCGAAUUUUCAUUCCAAUUGUACGAUCUCAAACAGCAAGGCUUCAUUGAGAGGCAGGAGGUGAAGCAAAUGGUAGUGGCCACACUUGCUGAGUCCGGUAUGAAUUUGUCUGAUGAUGUGAUUGAAAGCAUCAUUGACAAGACGUUUGAGGAGGCCGAUACCAAGCAUGAUGGUAAGAUUGACAAGGAAGAAUGGAGAAGCCUUGUCUUGCGGCAUCCUUCACUUUUGAAGAACAUGACCCUUCAGUAUCUCAAGUCCAUGGCGGACAAACAUUACCGGGUUGGAUACGCCCUCGCUCCCAAGAAGGCGAGCAGCUUCAUCCAGCCGUCCCUCCUCGACUACGCUGCCGGCCGUGGCGUCGACCUCGUCGCCGUCGACCCAUCAAAACCCUUGACCUCACAGGGCCACUUCGACUGCAUCAUCCACAAAUUCUACGACGAGGAUUGGAAGCUCCAGCUCGAGGCAUUCGCCGGGGAAAACCCUGAUUCCGUGAUCGUCGACCCGCUCGAGGCCGUGGAGAAGCUCCACAAUCGCGUCUCUAUGCUCGAGGUGGUGAGCAAGCUGAAGCUCGAUCGGAAGGAGCGGGCUGAGAUUCCCCGACAGGUGGUGGUCUCGAGUUCCGCCGAAUUGAAACAGAGCGAGGCGGUUAAGGAGCUAGGGUUUCCGUUAAUCGCCAAGCCGAUGGUAGCCAACGGAACAAUUCUGUCGCACAAGAUGUAUCUGAUCUUCGAUCGUGAAGGAUUAGCUGAGCUGGAAGAAGCGCCGGUAGUGCUGCAGGAGUUCGUGAACCACGGCGGCGUGAUCUUCAAAGUCUACGUCGCCGGCGGCCAUGUUCAGUGCGUGAAGAGGAAGUCGUUGCCGGACAUUACGGAGGACAAAUUGGGGGCGCCGCCUCUGAAGGGCUCCCUCCCUUUCGCUCAGAUCUCCAAUCUGGCCGAUGGCAGCGAGUCGGAGUUCGCCGGCGUCGAGAUGCCGCCGGAAGGGUUUGUAGAGGAAGUUGCUAGCGGGUUGAAGGAGGCAAUGGGGCUGCAUUUGUUCAACUUUGAUGUGAUUAGGGAUAGUGGGGAUGAGAAUAGGUAUCUCGUGAUUGACAUCAACUACUUCCCUGGGUAUGCCAAGAUGCCGAAUUACGAGCAGAUUCUGACUGGUUUCUUAUUGGAGAUCUUGGGAGUGAAGAAGGAAUAA